UGAUAUGUCGCUGUAUUUUCAUCAUCUUAAUAGAAAGGUAACGUAAAAUAUAAACCUACUUGACCUUUUCUUCCUGCCUUUGACGUCAUAACGGACGUUAAUGUUCAACGUUAGCAAACCGAGGAAGUGACCUUUAAUUUAUUCCGUGACGAGAGGAGUGAAAACACCAACAAGCAGCCUUUUCCAGUGUGCAGUUGUUGUUGUCCAUCAGCCCGCUGGAGAAGAUCGAGUUAAAGAGGGGGGCAGAGGAGGGACACACAGCAGGCAGAGAGACAGCAGGGGGAUUCACCAUGCCUCUGUUCUUCAGAAAGAGGAAGCCCAGCGAGGACUCCCAGAAGAGGCUGGAGUAUCAGCUGUGCCGGUCGAAGGAAGCUGGUGCUGAUGACAUCCUGGACAUCUCAGCGUGUGAGCUCUCAGAGGUUCCCUCGAGUAUCUUUUCCAUUUGCAAAGUGCUGCAGAAGAAGGUCCUGAUCCUUCAUAACAACGAGCUGAGGUCAUUAGUGCCCAAAGGAUGUGACAUCAGCAAUCUGUCCACUUUAAAGGUUUUAGACCUGCAUGACAACAAAAUCACUUCACUGCCAGAUAACAUCGGGAAGCUGGCGUCACUGCAGAUCCUAAAUGUGGAGAAGAACCGUAUAAAGACUCUGCCAGACUCUAUUGCUGACCUGCGGCUUCUGCAGACUCUAAAUCUAAAAGGUAACAGUCUCAGUGAGCUGCCAGCUUUAGUUGGUUCUCUGAGCAGCCUGAGGACUCUGGACCUGAGCGACAACAACAUCACCCAGCUGCCCAAAGCUGUCGCUUACAUCAGAACGCUGGAGAGCUUUACCCUGGAUGCUGCCAUGAUGUCAUAUCCACCUGCAUCUGUGUGCUCAGAAGGAACAGAGAGUAUCCAACGCUUUCUCUGCGACGAGCUGGGAGAAGAGUACUGCCCCCCGUCCCAGUACCUCCUCCCUGUCCUGGAGAGUGACUGUGGCAAACAGAACUCUGACUGUGUGGAUGGUCUGGAGGAGGCCUGGCAGAACAAAUUCAGUGACUACGAGAAGAGAAAGGAGGAGAAGAAACAGGUGAAAAUUGCCUUCGAGCGUCACCUGGAGGAGAAGCAGAAGGAGCACACACAGCUUCUUCUCAUGAACACAUCACGCAAGGAAAACAUGCUCAACUCAGUGCGACAGGAGCAGGAGCGUGUGGAGCUGGGCGUCUCUCAGCAGCAGAGGGCUCAGGAGGCCGAGAGGCUGCUGGUGCUGGAGAGAGUCCGAUACGCUGAAGACAACAUCAGCGGCCGCAUCAGCAACAUGCUGAUGGACAAAAACAGGCAGAAAAAGAGUGCAGAGUUUCUUCAGGCCAUGGAGGAGGAUCGGAUUCGUAUGGAGCAUCUGACCGCCAUCACUCAGGAGGAGACCAAUUCACUGAGGAAGAGGGAAGUGGCAGCGGCCAUGCAGAAGAUGCUGUCAGACAGCUGUGCUAUGAGUCUUUUUCAGGAGGCCAGCGACUUCCGCAGAAAGAGCUUGGUGAAUGAGGCCUACAGGAGUAUGGAGAGUUUGGACCGGAAGUUUGACAAGAUGCUGUCCCUUCAAGUUUUGGACAAAUCCAAGGCCAUCGCCCAGAUCUUACAGGAGGAAGAGAUGCAGAAAGCUGCCUUCCAGGCUCUGCAGCUGCAGAAAGACGCUGUACACGGAUACAUCCGCAACCAGAUCAAACUCAUAGAGAGUGAGUUAAUGCAGCUGACUAAACUGGAGAUUAAAAGAAGAAAUCUGGACGCUGAGAACCUGCAGGAGGUUCUGGUGGAGCAGCGUUCGGCUCUCAGUGAUUUGUUGCAGCAGCUGCUGAAGCAGAGAGACCAGAGAGAGCAGGAGCUGCGGGUGGUUCUGGCGGAGAUGGAGCAGAAGUCAGAGUCCAACCAGCAGAACUAUUGGAUGAUUCAGUACCAGAGACUGCUGGACGCCAAGCCGCUCUCACUGCGCAUGCAGGAAGCGGGCGUGGAGAAGGAGUUAGUGAACCUGCUGUGCAGACUGUCCGUUCAGCACUACCUGCCCAUCCUCGCUCACCACAGAGUGACCACUGAGGAGCUUCGCCACAUGAACUCAUCGGACCUCAAGAAGCUCGGCAUCAACGAAGUAGGAAUCCAGAAAGCUCUCCUGAAAUGGGCUCGAGAUCACAAGCCUAAAGGAGCUUGUAAGGCUGCACCAGAGGAGGAGGAGGAGGCAGAGGUCAGACCCUCAGCUCCGCCUCCUUCCCCCCUUCCAUCGAUUCCCACCACCUCAGCCAUCCACACCCCCAGCCCUCCACUCACCCCGGGGACCCCCGUCACCCCUUCAGCACCCAGCCCUGUGGAGGGUCCAGGGAGCUCGGAGUGUGUGGUGUGCAUGGAGACCGGGUCUCAGGUCAUCUUCCUGCCCUGCGGUCACGUGUGCUGCUGUCAGGUGUGCAGCGACGCCAUGCAGAACUGCCCUCUGUGUCGUAGCAACAUAUCUCAGCGUAUACGCCUCUAUCAGAGCUGAAGCCCCUCCUCCUCGUCUGACCACAGCUCUCUAUAUCCUUGCAUGGUCAUCAAGCUGCUGUGAGCGAACCUGCCAUCAUGUAGACGAGCUUGUAGCUGAGCCACUUCCCUGUAUUAACCAGACAGUUAAUGUGUUUUAAUUUCACUGCUGUUACUCUGUUUUUGUUUCUGUUUGUUUGAUAUAUUUAGAGCCAAGUGUUUUACACUCCUCACUUUUUAAAGACCAACUGUUCUUUGCCUUAUUAUAGAUUCUUAAACGCUGCGUGCCUUUUUCUGGAAAUCUCUUCCUUUAAAUAAUAUUACACGUCUCUUGUCAACCAAAGUAACACGUCAGACAUUUACAGAAGAGUCCCUCCUGUACAGGGUAUUUCAGACCGGGGAGAUACUGAUUCAGAAGGGAAUACCGAUUCACAAAUACUGUGAGUAUUUAAAGUCAGAUUGUGGAUUUAGCGCUUAUUUUGCCCCGACAUGACUCUUAGAAUUCUUCUGACGGCUGCUCUCUCAGACUAAUGUCUUUAUAAAAGGAUAUGAAACAUGAUGAUUCACUUCACAUUCAGCUGUGACGCUCUGCUUCGUGUGCUGCAGACAGUGCUGAGAGGAUUGUAAACUAUUUAUUCAACAUGCGCUCUGUUGCAUAAAGUACAUGUCCACAUCAUUUCUAAAAGACCCCAAACAUUGUUCUCUGCUUUCUUUGUUCUGUAGAAAUGUUUUCAUGAAGGCACAUACGCUGAACAUAUCGGAUUAUAACACCUGAUGACGACCUCUGUAUUGGUCAAACUGUUGUAAUACUCAUUCACUAACACAUCAUCUGUUGAGUGUUUUUCCUUUUUGAUAUCGCUGCGACUUUUCUUUGCAUCACUUCUGCAGCUUUGUUUCCCCUUUUCUGAGGGGUGAGGCGUCUGUCUCGUCUCAUCCAGGUCGCUCUGUGCCUGCUGCAAAAUAAAUCCUAAUGAUAUAAUAAUGACUGUUAAGAUAAUAAACAGGGAGACACACUCUGCGUUGUUUGACCCCUGUUAGCAUCACCGGUUAUGUUUUAUUACAUUCCAUACUGUAGUUUACGGCCCCUUGUUUGCAGAGUGAGAAUCUGAAACACAAAGAACACAGAUUUAGUUUUGUUAUCCUGAAAUAUGAAUGUAUAUAGUAGUCUAAUGGCUGCGCCUCUGAAGAAAGGUUUUUGUUUUAUUGUUUUGUUUCAUUUAAAAUUUUAGGGGAGGCUUAUUUUUAUUUUGUUUUAAUUUAAGUUAUUUUUUAAGUUGUGAUUUAAAAAAAGUUUUAACUAAGUUAUGUUUUAUUCUUGAGGGAACUGUUUUAUUCUUGAGGGAACUGUUUUAUUCGAGAUAAUAAGCCGGAUAGUAUCAGGAGAGUUUUUCUGACUGGUAGGAUAUUAAUGUACGAAGCCUCAGCGACGUCACCCGUCUGUUCCUGCAGGAGGCGCUGGAGUCCCAUCGAUGGCGGUCUCCAUGUUGGAAAUGCUGUCUCAGUCUAACUUUCAGUCAACCUAACAACAGGCUGAGAGCUGGAGCUGAGGCGGGUUUUGAGCCUCCUCACAAACGGUUACACUCCGCCCGCCUGUCAAUCAGGUCAGCUAAGCGCUUAACUAGUGGAUAACACGUAUUGUCAAUAAAAUCAAAAUGGAUGAGUUAUAAAAAACAUUCACCCCCCCCGUACAGUGUGUGUCGAUCGAGACAUGAGCUAAUCAGACCUGUUUGUUUUUUUGAACCAGGCUGUAAACAUGUUAAUCUCUGCUGUAAAAACAGGCUUAAGUGAAUAGGUGUGUAUGUGACUUCCUGUGUUCUGCAGCCAUCCUCUAGUGGACACUCGAUGAGGGUUGCUGCUUUGUUAGAACACACUGUUGCGUUGCAUUGUGGGAAAUGUAGGGUCGGAUAGUCUGGUUUUCUCAGCUUCUAUUACUUUAGUUUUCUAUCUUUUUUUAUGUGCAAUUCUAAAUUAGCGUAGUGGUCUUUUGAAACUAGACUUCUGCCACAGGUUCCCCUUUGAAUUUAAGAUCAGACAGAAAAGCAGGACCGACUUUGUGAAGUGAUGCAUAUAUUCUUAUUUCUACACACGACGUUACAAUCAAACGACAACAAUCAUUUGUUACACAGUCCAGCUGCACCUGUUCUCCUGCGAGUCUCCUGCACAGGCGCCUGGUUAUCCUGUCGUGAUCCACGCCUGUACCUCACUUUAGUGUUUCUUCCACUUGUCUGCUCACAUCCCCUGAUGUCACUCGUCUUUGAACUGCUAUAUACGAUGCAUAAAAUCAUGUAUUCACUAACAACACAUCGCCUGUGUGUAGCUCUCACUAAUGCAAUUAUAACCAAGUGCUCUUAACUUCAACAUCUCAGCAUGUUUCAGGAAAUAUCUUUACAUAUUUGUAUAUGUGUGUUUAAUGUAACGUUUAAGAGAUUUUGUUCUAUAUAAAUCUGAACAUAUACGUCAUUUUCAUGUGCUCACCUUGUUGAUGUGAAAGCUUUGUGUUGUAAAAUAUUCACAGAUCCUUCACGGGAGAACACGUCUGGAAAUGUACUUCAAUAAACCGAAUAUAAACAUA